CCGCAUUGAAAAUCCAUUGAAAAUCAUCCUUUCAAUUCCAAUCAUUCAGUUUAUUCCAAUCAUCUACCGGUAGUUGAUUCAAUUUAUCCAAUCUAUUCAAUUUAUUUCCUUGUCAAUACAAUCCCAUCUUCACCAUUACCCAAUUGAUUCUCUCUCAAUCAAUUUGAUUCAAACAUCAUGUCGCAAUCGGUAAGUUUCCUUUUCUCUUUUGGUCCUUGAAAUCAAAUUUCCGAGCUCGUAUUGGGGGUUUCGAGAUACGCACGGUCGGGCAACUGGGGCUAGAAGUCUAGAUUGGGAUGAAGUGGAUGUUAUGUUUACUUGAAUACUUCAUGCCUUUCCAAGUUAUAUGAUUAUAUCCUACCUCUCCUCCAUCCCUCCAUCCCACCCUCCCUCCUCCCUCCCCUCCUUCCAUCCCUUCCAUCCUCCUCCUCCUCCCCCUUCCUCCCCCCUCCCCUUCCUGUUCCCCUUCAAUCCAUCCUCCUCCCUCCCUCCCUCCGGCUUUCUCCCCUUCCCCUUCCCUCCUCCCCAAACCCAUCUAACACCCACUCCCCAUCCAGCCAGCCUACCGCCACUACCUCCGCGCUCUCCCGCUGGCCAAAGACGCACUCCGACCCGAAGCCCAAUUUCAAGACGCCAUUCGUCGACGAUCGAACAAUUUCUGCUGCCGGCAAAUUCGACGAGAAGCGUGAGUUAGGCCAAUGUAAUGCACUUUACAGUUUACUUGAGGAUCGGUAUCGGGGGAAGGUACGUUGAUUUCUAUUUCUAUUGUUUUUGUUCCUUUACGAUUUCGGGUUUUAGGAGGAAAAUGGGCGGGGGGAUAUGGAAAGAAAUAGCACGGGAUGAGGACUAAUACCUGCCCUAGUAUCCCUUAACAUCCAAAACUCUCAAACCCACCAGCAACCCAACAUACUACGAAGAUCUCGUCAGGGAACUCGAAGAGGCGCCUAAGAGGAGUUGGUUCCAACAGCAGGUGAAUAAGUGGAAGGGGGCUUUGCGAUUUCAGUGAUGUGUGUGUGUGUGAGAGAGAGAGAAGAAACGAUAUCAAAUAAAACCAAGUGUAAGAUUAUAUAAAAACAUGAAUUGGGAUGGGAUGGAAUGAAAUUUGUAUUACUAGUUAGUGUGUUGAUUGAAGACAUGAAUGUAUGAAUAUACGAACAUAUGAACGUAGCAAAUGAAUAGAGAUAUAUGUCCG